CCUGGAGCACCUGUCAGACACAGCGUUUUUUUUACCACGGAGCCACUUCAUGGAUUAAUCCUCCUUUUUGACAUUGUUGGUGUGCUUUCCAUUGGCCUGUGGAGAACCGGGAGAACAGGGACUCUUUCCAGGAGGACUUUGAGUUGGAUGCGCAGUCUCGGUACCGUUUGCGAUGUAGACUGACUUGUGUGCUGAAGGGGUGACGACGCGGCAGGAAUAGAAGUCUCAACAAGAUAUUGACGUCUAUUUCCCCUGACAUCCGUGACCGAGGGAGGUGGGUGACGAUGACGCCGAUCAUGUGCCUGCCGCACUUUGUUUGCUUAACUGUCAGCUGGGCGUGACACGCGGGUUCAAUUACCCAAAGAGCACUGAGCUAAGGCAGAGCCAAUGCAACAGACAGAAAACAUCUGAGGACUGUGAGGCCACAACAUGACCAGUGCUGGCUUUGUAUUCGUCCUAUUUUCCCUCUUCCAUGUCUUGCUGAGUGCGGAUAUGACAGGCUUAUACGGCAGCUUCACCUCCCCCGACUUCCCGCGGCCAUACCCCGAUAACACGUGCGCGGUGUGGAACAUCAGCGUCCCACAGGGCCACGGGGUCAAACUCUACUUCACCCACUUCAGCCUGGAACCCUCCAACCUGUGCGAGUAUGACUACGUCCAGGUUUUAGCGGAAGGGAACGACACAGUGCGUUUCUGUGGAGACGAAGCGAAGCGCCAUGAUAGCACCCCGAGGAACACCGUCAUCCUGUCAGCCGGCAACCGCAUGUCAGUGGUCUUUAGGAGCGACUACUCUAACGAGGAGCGAUUCACCGGCUUCCAAGCAUUUUACACCUCAGAAGACAUCGACGAAUGCCGGUCCAGUGUGCACGAGGACAGAGUGUGCGACCAUUUUUGCCAUAACUACAUUGGCGGGUAUUAUUGCACAUGCAGACCAGGAUAUUUGCUCCAUAGAAACAAAAGAUCUUGUACAGUACCAUGCCACAGCCAGGUGUUGACCAACCUAUCAGGAGUUCUGACCAGUCCCAGUUACCCGAGACCGUACCCACCCAUGACUCACUGCAACCACACCAUACGUCUUCCUGAGGGCUACGAAAUAACUCUGGACUUCAUGGAGCCCUUUGACAUAGAGGGACAUCCAGAUGCCCCGUGUCCCUACGACAUGUUAAAGAUUUCGACAGCCGGACGAGAGUACGGACCCUUCUGCGGGUCGACAUCACCGCGCCGCAUCGAAACAAGAAGUUACCAAGUGAAGGUAGCAUUUAGAUCUGACUUGAGUGGAGAAAACAAAGGAUGGAAGAUCACGUACAACAGCACCAAUGCUGCGUCCCUCACCAUUUCAUAGUCAUACAGUAGUUGCUAUUUUUAUUUUAGCAUCACAUUCUAGUCAAUAUACAGUAGUACCUCAACUUACGAGCUCAGUUGGUACACUUGUAUCUCAGAUCAGCUGCGCCCUUUGAAAUAAAUUGAUAUCAAUUUAAUCAGUGCUAUGGCCCCCAAAACUGCAAAAUGUGGAAGAUAUUGCGGCAUUAUGAUAUUCGAUCUAAGAUCUUUAAGAUGAUCCUGGUUCUGUAUGACGGCUUUUAGGCCAGGGUGUUGUAUGACGGGAGGAUGACGGAGCCAUUAGAAAUGAAGGUCGGAGUACAACAGAGAUGCCUACUUGGUCCCCUUCUCUUCCUAGUGGCAAUAUACUGUAUAACUCCGUGUUAGGGGAAUAUAUUCCACUUUAAAACAGAGUAGAAGUCUUCCUUUGUUCUGUUCAAGGACAAAACACAAUGAGUAGAAUCCCAGAUGUUUUCCACAAAAAACUUGAUUUACGAUUGUUUCCGAUUUUUUUUCACCACUUUUUAAAGGCCUACUGAAAUUAAUUUUUUAAAAUUUAAACGGGGAUAGCAGAUCCAUUCUGUCAUACUUGAUCAUUUCGCGAUAUUGCCAUAUUUUUGCUGAAAGGAUUUAGUAGAGAACAUCGACGAUAAAGUUCGCAACUUUUGGUCGCUGAUAAAAAAAGCCUUGCCUGUACCGGAAGUAGCGUGACGUCACAGGUUGUAAGGCUCCUCACAUUUUCCCAUUAUUUACACCAGCAGCGAGAGCGAUUCGGACCGAGAAAGCGACGAUUACCCCAUUAAUUUGAGCCAGGAUGAAAGAUUCGAGGAUGAGGUACGUGAGAGUGAAGGACUAGAGUGCAGUGCAGGACGCAUCUUUUUUCGCUCUGCCAGUAACUUAGGUACAAGCUGGCUCAUUGGAUUCCACACUCUCUCCUUUUUCUAUUGUGGAUCACGGAUUUGUAUUUUAAACCACCUCGGAUACUAUAUCCUCUUGAAAAUGAAAGUCGAGAACACGAAAUGGACAUUCACAGUGACUUUUAUCUCCACGACAAUACAUUAGCUACGGAGAUAACGUGAUGGCAUCGGGCUUAACUGCAGAUAGAAACAAAAGAAAUAAACCCCUGACUGGAAGGAUAGACAGAAAAUCAACAAUAUUAUUAAACCAUGGACCUGUAACUACACGGUUAAUGCUUUCCAGCCUGGCGAAGCUUAACAAUGCUGUUGUUAACGACGCCAUUGAAGCUAACUUAGCAACGGGACCUCACAGAGCUAUGCUAAAAACAUUAGCUAUCCACCUACGCCAGCCAGCCCUCAUCUGCUCAUCAACACCCGUGCUCACCUGCGUUCCAGCGAUCGACGGAGCGACGAAGGACUUCACCCGAUCUUCAAUGCGGUCGGCGGCUUGCGUCGGAUAGCGCGUCUGCUAUCCAAGUCAAAGUCCUCCUGGUUGUGUUGCUGCAGCCAGCCGCUAAUACACCGAUCCCACCUAAAGCUUUCUUCUUUGCAGUCUUCAUUGUUCAUUAAACAAAUUGCAAAAGAUUCACCAACACAGAUGUCCAGAAUACUGUGGAAUUUUGCGAUGAAAACCGAACUUUUUGUAUUGGAUACAAUGUGUCCGAAAACUUCCGUUUCAACGAUUGACGUCACGCGCAUACGUCAUCAUAAAUAGACGUUUUCAACCGGAAGUUUCGCGGGAAAUUUAAAAUUGCACUUUAUAAGUUAACCCGGCCAUAUUGGCAUGUGUUGCAAUGUUAAGAUUUCAUCAUUGAUAUAUAAACUAUCAGACUGCGUGGUCGGUAGUAGUGGGUUUCAGUAGGCCUUUAAAGAAACCAUUGAAUACAAAUGAAAUAGAUAAUUUAAAAUAUAUAUAUAUUUUAUUGGAUCAAAAACUAGUAGUCUGAAAUGAGACUGCAUUGAUUUAACCCCCAACUCCAACCCUUUGUUGCUGAGUGCCAAGCAGGGAGGUUAUGGGUUAUGGUUAAAUCACCAAAAUGAUUCCCGGGCGCGGCGCCGCUGCUGCCCACUGCUGCCCACUGCUGCCCACUGCUGCCCACUGCUCCCCAAGGGGAUGGGUCAAAUGCAGAGGACACAUUUCACCACAUCUAGUGUGUGUGUGACAAUCAUUGGUACUUUAAUCUUUAAUCUUUAAUACACUGCAUUUUACUCUUAGCAAAAUUAUCAUUUGAAUAAUGUUGUUCAGGUGUAAAUUGUACUUUUUAUAGAAUAAUUUUCAAAGAACUAAAUUAAGAGUAUCCUGUAAGAAGCAAUAUUAAUGCCUUGAAUAAAAUACUUCUCUUAGCAAAAAUGCAGCAUUGCACAUAGCAUGCAAAUAAAUAAUAAUCUCCAACAUCAAGAUUAUUAAAAUGCAAACUUCUGUCUUGAAUAUCGUACUUCUGUAAAUAAAAAUGUGAUAUUAUACAUUGUAUCCAAAUAAAUAAUGAAGUAAAACAUUGAGAAGACUAAAGUUUGUUUCAGUAAGUGGAUAAAGUAAACACAGCCUUUUUCUC